AUGGUAAGAAAUUGUAAUAAAUAUGAUUAGAAUACUAUACCUGAGAAUGUAAGGGAGAAAUAUAUAAAUCCAGCUCUUGCAGGAUGUAAAUUAUUAAUAAAUACUGCUAAUAAUAUAUUAGAUUAUGCAUAAUUAUUGAAGAGAACAAAAUUAGAAUUAUAAUUAAUUGAUAUAUAAAUUCACUCAUUUAUAUCUGAUAUAGUUAAUGUAGUAAAAUCAUAAGCUACAUUUAGAGGUCUAAAAUUGGUUGUUACUAUAGAAUAAAAAGUACCUUAAUUUAUUAGAACAGAUCCUAAUAGAUUAAGAUAAAUUUUAAUUGAUGUUUUAGUGACAACAAUUUAAGCAACUAUAAAUGGAAAGAUUAUAUUUUUAGUUAGAAAAUGUAUUUAAUAUUCAGAUCAUGUGGAAGUAAUUAUCAAAGCUAAUGCUGUGGAAACUAAUUUUCCAAUAUUAAAAAUGAUUGAUAAAACAGUUAGAUUUUUUAAAUCUUAAUAUUUAUAAUCAACAGUAAUAGAAUUAUCGAAAUUAAAAUAAUAUUCACAAUCAAUAUUGAUAGCUUUUUAUUUAACUAAAUAUUUAUCUUAAAUUCCAUUUGAGUAUGAUUAUGAGAGAAUAGAAAAUUAGGAAAGUUUUUAGUUUAUAAUAAAAGUUUAAAAUUUAAACACAUAAUUUAAUGAAUAAUUAUCAUAAAAAAGACUAUCAGUAUUUUAGAAUUAAAAAGCAUUUCAUUAAUCUUUUGUAAAUAAAGAAGGACUUAAAAGAGUAUAAUCAGAUUUACCUAGUUCAAAUGAUUUAUUAGAAAAUAGAUUGAUAAAAAAGAAUUUGUAUUUUCAAGUUGGAAUUAAAGAGUAACUUAUAGAAUCUGAUUAAAAUGAUUCUGAUUUAUAGGAGGAUGCAAUAUCAAUAUAAUCUAGAAUCAAAGUAUCAACAAAAGUUGAUUAAAUGGCUAAAGCUGAACCCUAUUUUUUUGAUUAUAUAAAUGAAGAUAAAAAGCGAUAAGAUAGAUUGAAUUCAUAGACAUCACAAUAAUUAACAUUUGGAGGUUUUGUAUAGGGAAGAUCUUCUAUUUAUUCAUCACUUGGUUAUUCUAGUGGAAGUAUGUAACCAAAUGAUUUAUUAGAUUGUUUUGAGAAAAUGGAGAAAUUAAAAUAAUAAAAAUUUUAGUUUAAUUGUUAAGUAAAAUAUAAAUUAAUAUUAAAAAGUGUCCUAAAAUUUUAAUUUGUGAAAGUUUAGAUUUAGAUCUGUAUGCAUUAUCACAUUAACUGGAUAAUCUUGGUAUUCUUUAUGAAUAUUCAACAUAACGAUAAUUGAUAGUGAAUAGUUUGAUUAAAUAUUCAGGAACAGUUUAAAAAUGUUGCAAAGGCUUAGAAUUAUUAUUUAUUGGAGUUGAACAAUUUGAUGAAGAAUUGAUUUAAUUAUUUACUGAAAUUAAAGAAACCUCUAUAAAACUAAGAGGAGAACCUAAAAUCAUAGGAUUAAUGGGAGAUAUGGUAUAAGAAAAUCGAUAAGAAAUUAUGAAAUUACCAUUUCAUGAUUUCUUAUCUAAACCUAUAAUGAUAGAUGCAUUAUUAUUUAUAUUAACAAAAUGGAUAAAAAUUUAAUGA